UUCAUUUUUCAAUCAACAAAAAAAAUGGGUUCAGAAACGUUUCUGGAAGUGAUAUUGGCAAUCAUCCUCCCACCUGUUGGAGUCUUCCUUCGUUUUGGCUGUGGAGUGGAGUUUUGAUGUUUGUUGCUGACAAUAUUGGGAUAUAUACCUGGAAUCAUAUAUGCAUUAUGUGUCCUUGUCGUAUAAUUAAAAGCUUUGGAUGAUCAAGGAGAAUAAUGGAUGACGGCAAACGCGUGUUUUGGUGUGAGUGUUUAGUUUGGUCAAACUUUUGUAAUCCAGAUCUUAACUUCUCCUUUUACAUGCUAAUGUCACCAUUUUUAGUUUUGUU